CACCAGGACUACAAUUCCCACAGUGCUCCACGGCAGAACCGCCGCCGCCGCGGCUCCGGUUGGAGCCACGUCGGCUCCGCUGGGUGAGGCCGGGCCCGUGCCGGGCUGCCGGAGUCUGCAGGACCCGGGCUUGUUACAGCGGUUCUGCCCCUCAGAACGCGGACAUGGCGGCCGAGAAGGACCAGCAGAAGGAAGCCGAGGCGGAAGGGCUGAGCGCCACGACACUGCUGCCGAAACUGAUCCCUUCCGGCGCCGGCCGUGAGUGGCUGGAGAGGCGCCGCGCGACCAUCCGGCCCUGGGGCUCCUUCGUGGACCAGCGGCGCUUCUCGAGGCCUCGCAACCUGGGCGAGCUGUGCCAGCGCCUCGUACGCAAUGUGGAGUUCUACCAGAGCAACUAUGUGUUCGUGUUCCUGGGCCUCAUCCUGUACUGUGUGGUGACGUCCCCCAUGCUGCUGGUGGCUCUGGCUGUCUUCUUCGGCGCCUGUUACAUCCUCUAUCUGCGCACGCUGCAGUCCAAGUUUGUGCUGUUUGGCCGAGAGGUGAGCCCAGCCCAUCAGUACGCUCUGGCUGGGGGAGUCUCCUUUCCCUUCUUCUGGCUGGCUGGUGCGGGCUCGGCCGUCUUCUGGGUCCUGGGAGCCACCCUUGUGGUCAUUGGCUCGCACGCCGCCUUCCACCAGAUCGAGGCUGUGGACGGGGAAGAACUGCAGAUGGAGCCCGUGUAAGGACCUGCCAGCCUCCGAGCCAGUUGCCCCACGCCUGUCCAUCCCAUGCUGCUCUGCUGCUCUGGCCAAGUCCUCCUUCCCAUCACAAGCCCAGGGAGGAUCUCCAGCUUUGGGAAUAAAUCUGUUACAGUUGUCAAUCAGCAAAA